AUGACAUUCUCUCUGGUUCUCCACUGUAAUUUAUACCCCACCAGCUCUGUCCCCGGUUCAACACACACAAGAGGAACUCGAUCACCAGCUCCACGAGAAGAGGAGCCGGCCGACACCCGACCCAGCACCAACGCACGCCGGGCACACCAAGACCAGGAGAGAGACAACAUGCGUCCAUCACGGGGUCUUCACCUCGCCGUGCUUCUGCUCCUCUUCUCGGCCUCCGUCCUCCUCCCGGCAGCCAGAGCCCAGGAGGAGACCGACGAGGAGGAGGAGUUCAGCUACUUGCUGGACGCAGAGAACGGGCCGGCGCACUGGGGCGACAUCAAGGAGGAGUGGUCUACGUGCGGAAAGGGCAACAUGCAGUCGCCCAUCGACCUCGCCAGCCCACGCGUCUCCCUCGUGCGCGGCCUCGGCUACCUCAACCACUCCUACGUCCCAGCAAACGCCACCAUCAUCAACCGCGGCCACGACAUCAUGCUCAAGUUCGAGGGCGACGCCGGGAGCGUCUCCAUCGCCGGCACACCCUACUUCCUCCGGCAGCUGCACUGGCACUCCCCCACCGAGCACAGCGUCAAUGGCCGCAGAUACGACAUGGAGCUCCACAUGUUCCACGAGAGCGCCCAGGGCAAGGCUGCCGUCAUCGGUGUUUUCUAUGAGGUCGGCGCCCACGACGCCUUCCUGCACAAGAUGGAGCCUUAUCUGGAGAUGAUAGCGGAUCGCAAGGACAGGGAGGAGAAGAUGGGCAUGAUGGAUCCCAGGGACGCUAGAGGCAAGGCCAGCGUGUACUACCGCUAUCUGGGCUCCCUCACCACCCCACCCUGCACAGAAGGGGUCAUCUGGACCAUCAUCAAGAGGGUCCGCAGUGUGUCGAGGCACCAGCUGGAGCUUCUCCGGGAGGCCGUUCACGACGACAUGGAGAAGAAUGCGAGGCCGCGUCAGGAGGUGAACAGCAGAGAUAUCAGCAUGUUUCGUCCUUUUGAGCAGAAUAGACAUUGA